CUCCGCUUCAAUAAAAAAAGUUACCAAUUUACCAAUUCCGGCGACCCCCCCCCUGACGACGACUUCGACGAGGUACCAGCGGCCAUCAUGUGUGGUGGAGCGUACCUCGCGGACGUCAAGGUUCCCACGGUGACGCAGAAAGUGACGAAGGCGGCUCUAUGUCCCGAGAAGAAGAAGCCCCGGCAUGGCAGCAACGGGGGCCGACGCUUCACAGGGCUUGGUGGGCGCAUGGGACCCGGCGUGGACGACAACGAGGAGGAUUUCGAGGCCGAACUCGAAGUGUUCGAGGUCGACUUCGGGGACUCCGACGUGGAGCUCGGGCGCACUAGGGUGGAUGAGAAGGAUGACGACAACGAGGUCGUCGAGAUCAAGUCCUUUGCCGCCGCCAAGAGUUCCCUCUCCCAAGGUUUUGAUGGUCCUUCAGCAAAAAGGAAGAGAAAGAGUCAAUUCAGGGGUAUUCGUCAGCGCCCCUGGGGUAAGUGGGCUGCUGAAAUCAGAGAUCCAAGCAAGGGUGCACGUGUCUGGCUUGGUACUUUCAACAGUGCUGAAGAAGCUGCAAGAGCUUACGAUGUUGAAGCACGCAGGAUCCGUGGCAACAAGGCCAAGGUUAACUUUCCAAAGGAACCAAUAGUUCCACAGAAGCGUCGUGCUCGCCCUGGUGCUCCUAAAGCACCAAAGCUAAGCGUGGCAUCAGAACCUUCUGUCAUGCCAUCAGUCAACAACCUUUCCAACCCAAAUGCUUUCAUCUACCCAUGUGCUAACUUUGCAUCAAACCAGCCACUUGCUCUGCCUGACAACCUGUCAUUUGUUCCUAUAAUGAACUCUGAUGGCCCUGUUGAAGCCUCUGUUAUGAAUCAGUACUUUGACCAGGGAAUCAACUCCUUUAGCUUCUCUGACUUGGAGUGGGAUUACAACACCAAGAAUCUAGAUAUACCAUCCAUUGCUCCAAUUUCUACCAUUACUGAAGGAGCAGAAUAUGCACUUGCCCAGAGUAACGCCUAUAACUCAGUUGUGAUUCCUGAAGGAGCUGAAUCUGCACUUGCCCAGAGUAACACCUACAACUUAGUGGUGCAUCAUGUUAUGGAGAACAAUGGUGUCGAUUUCGAUGCUUGGCCAAGGUUUCUUAUGGAUGAUGAAGUGGACGAGCCGAUUGAUAGCCUUCUGAAUUUUGAUGUACCUCAGGAUGUCAUUGUCAACAUGGACCUCUGGAGCUUCGAUGGCAUGCCCAUGUGUGGCGAAUUUUUAUAAGGGAUUCACACCCUCUAUAUAGGGAUAAAAGGAGUAAGACUAUGGGAGAUUGGGAAGCACCCUAUUGUCACCUUUGGCUAGCAUAUGCUUAUGUCCAAGAUUUGAUGCAGAAAAGUUGCAUCCUAAGUCUCUUUUUGGAUAGACCCUUUCCCUACUCAACUGUUUAUGUGUGGCAGCCGUUUAUGAUGAACCGUUGUCUUUAUCUUCUAUCAACUUUUAUGUCGUUGCUACCAUUUCAAAAUGUGAACAACAUGAAUCUAUGUCCAAUUUGUG